GCCAGCCAUAUCGGGGACCAGAGUCGUCGGUGCGCGCAGCGACUGGUGCCCAAUGAGAAGCGUUCCUCCCGUGAGCGCUGGCGCCGGCCCGAACACACACGGAGGGUUGGCGUGACGAGACGAAGACUGCCGUGAAGAAGACGCCACCUUGACAGCUGUUCCAUACGACAGCGACGCAGGCGGAGGACUCCCCUGUCCUCGUCUACAUCUUCUGAGAAAACCCAGCAGAAUCACGACCAUCUCCCUUCUCCUUUUUACGUCCAACAGGUACUAUAAGUACAGGGCUGGAAACGACCGGUGAUUCCUCUUUAGCGGUCUUCUUCUCCGCCCCAUCUGAAGCUGCGUAGAAAUCUCCGCCAUGGGCGAUUCCAAGGAGAGCCAUAGCAGUGAUAGCGGCGGCAGUGGGUGGAUGUCGGUGCCAGCGUUCGGGGAGUGGGACAUGAAGAACGGGGUGCCCGACUACUCCAUGGACUUCACCAAAAUCCGGGAGAUGCGGAAGCAGAACAAGAACCCCUCCCGCGCCAGCCUCGGCAACGACGACGAGCUCCUCACCAGCAACAGGCUCCGCUCCGACGGCGGCAACAAGGAGGAGGAGCAGGAGGCUCAACGCCGUCUUCCCCAGCACGACCAACGCCGCCCCAUCCAUCACCACCGCGGCGGCUCCCCCACCGGGAGGAAGAAGUUUAUGGGCUGCUUCCAGUGCUGUAUAGGUGCGUGAGGCAGUGGCUGCCUGCAACACACACACACACACAUUCACACAGACACAGGCUCACUCCCUGGUGUUGCGUGCUUUGUAUUGUUGGCUAGAAGAUGGUGACUGCUUGGGCUGCACCGAUGUAAUUUCCUUUGUCGUUAUGGAUGUUAUGAGCUUAAUUUUUUUCCCCUGGAAAAAUUGUGGAUGAUGAUGGAAUGUAUUAAAUGUUAGGUUCA